AUGGACCACGACGACCAGAUGCUCUCCGUCGGCAAGCAAUGCGGUCACCAGAGCUGCAUGCUGGUCGACUUUCUUCCCUUCCAGUGUUUACAUUGCCAGACUUCGUUCUGCCAAGAGCACUUCAAGGUUGCCGCCCACAAUUGCCCCAAGUACGAUGCGGCAAAGUACAACCGAGUGUCACCAAACUGCCCUCUUUGCAACACCGUCGUCUCUGUCCGGGCUGGACAGGACGCCAACGAGGCCGUAGAGACUCACUUCCUGACCGACUGCUCAGUCAUGACUGGCAAAGUGCGGGCCAAAGCCCCAGUCUGUGCCCGUGCCAGAUGUGGCAAGACUCUUUUUGCUCCAAUCCGUUGCACGAAAUGCAACCAACAAUUUUGCCCCGCCCAUCGUUUCCCCGCAGACCAUACCUGUGCCCCAGUAUUGACUGCGUCGAAACAAGGGGGCCUGACCGCUGGCAGUCGUCUUCUCGAUCUCAACACCAAGGCGUCGGCCCUGAACUCGAAGGCGUCAGCUGCGGGCGCCAAGACUGUUGGAGCAAUCAAGGCUGCUGCAUCUGCGGCCCAAACUAGUGUUGCGCGCCAAGCAGGCCCGUCUACUACCAGCAGCAGUAGCAAUAAGAAGCCCAUCCCCGUGCCAGCGGUUUUUUCAAAGACAGACCGUGCUCUUCUCCCUCCUCCUACCAAAUUCGAAAUUCAAUCGUCUCCGGAACCUGUCAUACGACCACUCGCCAAAUCUUCAUUUGUACCACCACCCAUUUUCGCAUCCGCUUGA